CUCUAGCGAGAUCAGACGACAGAAACUUGGGCGUCCUUUGAAACUACUGCAAACAUGGUGCUGAAAGCUGUCUGUGUGCUGAAAGGAGCUGGAGAGACCACCGGGACAGUUUAUUUUGAGCAGGAGAGUGACUCAGCCCCUGUGAAGCUGACAGGAGAAAUCAAAGGUCUUACCCCUGGUGAGCAUGGUUUCCAUGUCCAUGCUUUUGGAGACAACACCAAUGGGUGCAUCAGUGCAGGACCUCACUUCAACCCCCACAACAAGAAUCAUGCGGGGCCUAAUGAUGCAGAGAGGCAUGUUGGAGACCUGGGGAAUGUGACUGCUGGAGCAGAUAAUGUUGCCAAGAUAGACAUCACGGACAAGAUGCUCACCCUCAAUGGCCCCUACUCCAUCAUUGGCCGAACCAUGGUGAUCCAUGAGAAGGAAGAUGACCUGGGAAAAGGAGGCAAUGAAGAGAGUCUAAAGACGGGAAAUGCUGGUGGCCGUCUGGCCUGUGGAGUCAUUGGCAUCGCCAAGUAAACAAUCUUCCAGAACUCAAAGCACUGGAAAUAGGUUUUCCCCACAGCACUUAAUAAGACCAACAUAGCUACUUGAUGUGACACUUUGUCCUUUUCAAUACUCUGCGGCUUUUUUUUUUUGACUAGUCAAGAGUAAAUGAGCCAUGCUUAACCCUGUUCCCUCAUUGUGACUAUUGUAUGUAUGGAUUUUUAUGUCUGCUGACUAGGUUUGGUCCCAAAGAAUUGGUUACGCACAAGUAAUAAACAGAUGUAUACAAUUUACAGAGUUAAUCAAUAAAUUGUCAGUUCAUCUGAA